CGCGACGGUCAAUUAAGCCCUCUCCGACAACCCACUGCACCAUGUCGAGCCCUCUUGCAGACGUCUGGGAGGCUGCCGCGGCGUCGCCCUUCCAGCCCACCAUCGGAAAGAACAGCCAAUUCACCCUUGGCUUUGCGCUGCUGUUUGCUUCGCUGCUCUUGACGGGCUUCUUCGGCCUCAACCGCUCGCUGCUCAAUCUGCCCCUCGUCGGCGGCCCUGCCUCGCUCGCGUUUGGGUUCGGCGCAGUGUACAUGAUCUGUGCAGUCGGCGUCUACGUUUAGUUCCCUGAUAUCCUGGUCGGGCGUUGUAGUCUAUGGCAAUGCAAUAACACUUCGACUCUCCCAAC